AGCGGGGGCAGUGGGGACUCUGUUGUUGUCCUGGGCGUGCAUGGUGAUUAAUUCCCGAAAAAAAGAAAAGAAAAAUGGAACCCACCCAUGUCAAAUGAUCUCCUUUCCCCGUCCCCGUCCCCGUCUUCUCCUCUAAAGCCCUUAAACAUCUCCACCGAGAAACGCCCACCCACCCAAACAUUUUCUUCACAAACCCAUGUCAGUUUUCCAGCUCUUCACCUCCUCCUCUUCUCAACAAACCCCUACACAGUGGGAAUUGUGUGCACGGACGAUUGCAAUCGACCCAUUCAAUGCGUUCGUCCCAACAUUCCCCUUUCGCAGCCAAUUUCAUUCGCGAAACGCUCAUACUGCUUAUAUUCUCUGUUGCUCUUCUCUGCCUUCGCCUUCUGUCAAAUCUCUUUUUACCUGAUUUUCGUAGUCGCUGGCAUCAACUCGUCGCCUUCUCCGAAGAGGCCGAUGCCAAGGCUAGUGCUUAUCCUUCCCAUUUAUGGCGAGCAAUUGCGGCUUACGAGGAUAAGAGGUUCUUUUGGCAUUGGGGGAUCGACCCAGUGGGGAUUGCCCGGGCCGUCGUGUCAUUUUCAGCUCGUGGUGGUGGUAGCACUGUAACCCAACAGGGUCGGGGGUGGGGAGUGGAGUUUCUGUAGUCAACGCAAAACCCAGAAGCAGGAG